UUGUGAUAGAAAACAAAAGUAUUUCAUUUAUUCUGAGCAAUCCAAAAAAUUCUGUUUAAAACAUAACUCAGCCAUAAAGUAUACGAUUAAAAAAGAGAAAGAAAAGCGAAUUCCUAAACUGGCGCUCAAGUCACUCAGCCAAAAUGACGAGUAUUUCCACCAUUCUCCAGCAACAGCAGCAACAUCAUCAGCAACCAUCUCACUACCGGUCGCAUCUGCACAAUGGCGGUGGUCACAAUAGUCGUAGUAGUAGUGAAGUUAGUAGUGGGGGUGAGUCGCCACCGCAAUUAACUGGAUCGGAUGCGCUGAACAUGACGAUGGCGGCAACAACCGCGGCAGCAACAUUGCCACUCAAGCAUCAUCACCACCACCAACAACAUCAAACAAGUAUACCAGUCAACUCCUCAUUAUCAAAUGCCAAUGCAAUGUACAACACGCAACAACAGCACUCCACUACACAUCAACAAUCGAGCCAGCAACACCAACAACACCACCAUCACAAUCACCACCAGCAGCCGAACGACCACAUUAAGCGGCCAAUGAACGCAUUCAUGGUCUGGUCACGCGGACAGCGACGCAAAAUGGCACAGGAUAAUCCAAAAAUGCACAAUUCAGAAAUUUCGAAACGUUUGGGUGCCGAAUGGAAAUUGCUUUCCGAGGGACAAAAGCGACCAUUCAUCGACGAAGCGAAACGCUUACGAGCGUUACACAUGAAAGAGCAUCCAGACUACAAAUACCGUCCGCGGCGCAAACCAAAGACACUGAAUAAAUCGCCUGUACCCGGAUCUACAGCGAGCGGUUCGCAAAAGGAGUCGCAACAGUCUCAUAUGGGUGCUUCGGCGGCGGCUGCCGCAGCCGCUGCUGCAGCUGUCGCCGUCGGGGCGCAACACCCGCAUCAUGCUCACCAUCAGCAGCAUUCACCCACCAGCCAUCACCACAUUGUCACUGCGGCCAAGUACGGCUUCGGUGCCACGCCGCUGGAGCUGACGCUAAAUAUGCCAACGCGACAUCUGGCUGGCGCUUUUCCAACAGCAACGGCGCUAACACACUAUCCCCUGGAUCCUACUAUUGCACUUGAUCUGCAGGCCCGUCUUCAGGCCAUGUACGCCGGUACACUUUAUCACCCAUGGCGAUAUUUUGGCUGUGCGCCACUCAUUAGCCCCGAAACACCGCCGUCGCCACCCAGCAGCAAUGGCACUGGGAGUCUCACUUCUUCCUACGGCUGUGGCAUAAAAUCAGCUAAAUCUUCACCCACGCUGUCAGUGUCAACGGUGUCACAAGCGCCUCCUAACAUUAUUUGACCAACUCCCUUACGAUUUGGUGGGAACUCCGCGAGUAAUGCCGCCGUUGCGGUGGUAGCUGAACCGGCCAUGUAGGCUAUUAUGUAUGUAAAUGUAAGCAUAAGCAUACAGAUUUUAGCUUCAGUUGGAUACUUAAGUAUAUACCUGUAAUGCAUACUGAAAAAUGUACAUAUAUUAAUGUUUUAGCUCUCAAAAAUCCCAUAUUCCA